AUGAAGGGCGACAACAAUACUCUUUCUCCACUCCCUCCCGACAUGCGCCAUGGGCUUGAAGCCGUGGUCGCCUUUUCUGGCCUUUCCUUUGUCACAUCUUCCACGCUUCUUGUCUAUCUCAUCGGCCGACUAGCACUCUGGCUUUCGAGGACAUGCCCAAACCAGUUAGAGUCAUCUACGCAAACCGACGAAGUCGUCAUGUUACCCCAAGAACUUAGUACUCAAUACCACGCACGUACUAGCGAGAAACAAAGACGUGUUCCAAACCAGUUCCUCGUCCUUCUACUCAACGUUCUCCUGGCGGAUAUGAUCCAAUCUUGCGCCUUCCUCUUGAGCAUCAUAUGGCUAGUGGAGGAUGGUAUCGCCGGCAACUCUCCAAAAUGCUGGGUGCAAGGGUGGCUCAUCUCGACGGGGAACUUCGCCUCGACUGCCUUUGUUGCGGCCAUUGCGGUCCACACCUACCUGACGCUUGCAAGAGGGACUAGGAUACCAUACAAGGUUUUCUAUGGCGUCGUCAUCUUCCUGUGGCUUUCCGUGCUUCUCGCGUCUGUCCUGGGUGUAAUCAUCACCAGCAACGGCGCAGGCGCCGGGGGCUUCUACAUCCGCGACGGGGCCUGGUGUUGGAUCAACAUCAAGUAUGAAAUCCUGCGUAUCACUCUACACUACAUAUGGGUGGUUCUCUUGAUCGCAAUGGGCACCAUAUCUUACGUCGCAGUUUUCGUUCACUUACAUCGAAAGGACAAGGCCGCGGCUGUCGUGCAGGAAGCUUUUGUCGAUGCCGCUCCCAGUCUCACGGAUUCGCCUCAUAUAUUGACGCGGACGGACCAGGAGACGGAUGUCAAAACGCGUGUUCUCUUCCUGAUGUAUCCUCUCGUUUUCCUCCUGUGCACAGCACCUCUGGCUCUGAGACAUAUGAUGCAGAGCGGCGGGGUCAAGCUCCCGACGGCAUAUCUUGCCUGGACUGGCGUUAUGAUCUCCUCCAACGGAUGGCUCGAUGUGCUGGUGUUUUCCAUCACACGAGGCCGCAUCCUCUUUGUCGCGCCCGUUGGCGAGCAAAACGUAGGACUCGAAGCGUUCAAGUUUACCCCGAUGGGCCAGCAGUAUGGCUACCGAGUGUGGAUCCGCGGCGGGCCACCGGAGGACCCCCAGACUCACGGACGGGUAGGCAUCUUCCAGAAAUCGUCGUGCCAUCCGGAACCCGCCUCAGAGGGCCGCCAUGAUCGCUGCGAGAGCCAAAGGUCACUGCGAGACUGGGACAUGUGUGACCUCGAAGGCAUUCAGCUCGAGACGGUCACCCGGGUUUUCGUCGAAAAUUCUGGCAGCAAGAUUGAUUCAAUGCCUCCAGAGACUGUUGACAAGCGUGUGCAACAGAGCGUUGACUCGGGCAAGUGA